UUAUUUAUUAUUAUUGUUAUUUUUGAUAAAAAAAAAAAAAAAAAAAUUAUACGAUUUAUUAGCGUUCGUAUCACAACGACUCGAACGCAUUGAGAUUACCAAACAAACAAAUAUUUAAUAUGUAAUUGUAUUCUCUACUCAUAAAUGCGUCCUAUUCGAUUGCGACAAUCGGAUAAUAUCUACAUACAAGGCAAAUGGCGGUGGGCCGAACAAACUAGACUGGGAUUUCCAAAAUCGGCGGCGGCGGUUAUUUCGACGUGGAGCGGAUGAAGUUACCCCCAUGAUGCCCGUUAUGCUGAUCCAGCACCACUUAUUGGCCGCUGACGUAUUCGAGUGCUUUACCGUUCGGAUGACGGUAUCUCAUUCACCGGCACACCGGGCAAUGCGCUACUACCGUAUCUGGAUAUACACGUGCAACACCGUGCUCAUGGUGUGCGUCGUGUGCUUCGUGGUGAUCGCCUACCAGCUGGUGGUGGCCGACCAACGGCGGCACCUGGUGCCCGGCCUGGAUCUGUGCCAUCCCAGCCUGCUGUACGUGUACGCCGCGCUCUUCGUCCAGUGCACCGUGCUGCAGAUCGUCGGCUUCCUGGGCGCCCGGUCGCUCAGCGAGCGGCUGCUCAACGUCUACUGGCUGCUGCUGCUCGGCCUGCUGGUCGGCGACGCCGUGCUGGGCGUCUACUGGGUAUACGGUUACGACAAGAUGGUGGCCCGGCUGAAACCGGCGCUCCGGGACCGGUUGGUCGCGGACUACGGGCCCGACAGGCGGUUCACCGCCAUCUGGGACGACCUGCAGCGCGACCACGAGUGUUGCGGCGUCAACAGGCCGCAGGACUUUUCCAACGUCACCGAGCAUAUGGGAGUUGAACACUUAGUCGAUUACACGACAGUCCUACCGGAUAGCUGCUGCUACCAUAAGCCAGAAGCAGUGGCGUCAGCAUUCCGAAGGGAUUACUGGCAACCACAGACCACAACUACUACUAUAUUGACCACGGUCCAGGCAGAAGAGCACGACAACAUGCAAGAGAUGCCUGUCAAGUGUCGGCUCCCUUCGUACCGGCACUAUUAUCCCGGAUGUGAACGGGCGCUGAUGGCAUGGAUACGUAGAAGUGCCGACGUCUUGUUCGUCCUCGGUUACUGUGUCAUAUCAUUUUUGAAACUGUGUUUUCUAGGCAUUCUAAGGUAUGAAAUUCGAGAAAUGAUACAAAAAAUAAAAAUACUUCAUGGAGAUACAGCUCGACUAGAAUUAGUUAAUAUUCCCCAACAAGCUACAGGGAAGUUGUUACAAAAAGUCGAACAUAAUGGUAGCGUAGUACGUGUAUCUCCUAUGAGACAAGACACUCAGAUAGAAGGAAGUUUAGAUGGAGUGAAACCACUUCUAAAAGGUCGUUCGAUAGAAGCGACAUUCAGGGUAAAGUCCUCGAACACGGACGGCAAUGAAUCAGACACUAAUAGUCAUAGUGCGUUAUUAUUGUGUGAUGACAAGCGAUUGACAGGCUCAUCUAGUAAGAGUAACUACGAACUUCACGAGUUAAAAGAUGUAAAUCGACUACUAACCACCAGACAUAAGAAUCAAAUAUGACUACGAAGAUGCGUGGCCGCUUGGUUCCGAAUGAUUGACAGUAACCAAAAAUUUCCAUUAUUGGCGACACCAAAACCGCAUAAAAGUUAUUAAACAAAAAAUAAAACAAUAAAACAUUAUUAAAAUUGAAAGAUAAAUUUUUUACGUGAU